AGGGGGGAGAGGGCGUGGCUAAAGCGGCGCGUGGGUUCGCUUGGGUGACACAAUUAUAACAACUUUAUCUUCGCGGCCGAAACGCAUUUUAUUGUGAAAUAGUCACAUCUUAGAUACUGUACUCAGUUAUUCGCAUUCAAAUAGCGGUGGAAUAUCACUUUGUAAUGAAAAAUGUGACGUUUGAGGAGCUACCCGGAGAGCGCGUCUGUCCCCCCGAAAGGAUUUACUAUAUCGAAUCGCAUCUUUUCAUCCUGGGAAAAAGUUUUUGAUCAUUUUGUUUUCUCCGGUUUUUCUUCUUUGAUUCGGCGGAGGAAACCGUUUGUCCCCGCGUCGCGAUUUUCCAUGCAAUCGUGCGGUGUGUCGCUCGCCGCUGCUGCCUGCGCUGCUGCUCGGAGUCUCGGCUCGGCUUCUUGUAGUGGUGAUGAGGGAAAGAAAAUGGCGGCGGGAAAAGCGAGUGAAACAGAGGAGGACUUUCCGACACUGACAGCCCAGGAGAGGGAUAGUUUGGCCGGGAUCGACAGCUCACUGUUUGGAUUUCAGAAGCUUCAUGAAGAUGGCGCCAGAACGAAGGCCUUGUUGAUGAAGGCUGUUCGCUGCUACGAUUCGCUCAUCCUUAAGGCCGAGGGCAAAGUGGAGCCUGAGUUAUUCUGCCAGCUAGGCCUCUUCAACCUCCUCUUAGAGGAUUACCCGAAAGCAUUAUCGGCAUACCAGAGGUACUACAGUUUACAGUCAGACUACUGGAAGAAUGCAGCCUUUCUGUAUGGCCUGGGAAUGGUCUACUUCCACUAUAAUGCCUUUCAGUGGGCGAUCAAAGCAUUCCAGGAGGUGCUGUACAUUGACCCAGGCUUCUCCCGGGCCAAGGAGAUCCACCUACGCCUGGGUCUCAUGUUCAAAGUCAACACCGACUAUGAGUCAAGCUUAAAGCAUUUUCAGUUGGCUUUGAUUGACUCCAACCCCUGCACUUUGUCCAAAGCUGAAAUUCAGUUCCACAUUGCUCAUUUGUAUGAGAUUCAGAAGAGGUACCGGGCUGCCAAGGAGGCCUAUGAGAACCUUCUGCAGACGGACGAUCUUCCUGCACAGGUGAAGGCCACUACCCUGCAGCAGCUAGGCUGGAUGCAUCACACAGUGGAACAGCUUGGGGACAGAGCCAGCAGAGACAGCUAUGCCAUCCAGUGUCUGCAGAAAUCUCUGGAGGCCGACCCCAACUCUGGACAGUCCUGGUACUUCCUUGGCAGGUGCUACUCUAGUAUUGGGAAGGUCCAGGACGCCUUCAUCUCCUAUCGGCAGUCCAUAGACAAAUCAGAGGCCAGUGCAGAUACCUGGUGCUCUAUAGGGGUGUUGUACCAGCAGCAGAACCAGCCCAUGGACGCUCUGCAGGCCUACAUCUGCGCCGUGCAACUGGACCACAGCCACGCUGCUGCCUGGAUGGAUCUGGGCACGCUGUACGAGUCCUGCAACCAGCCGCACGAUGCCAUUAAGUGCUACAUCAACGCCACACGCAGCAAGGGCUGCACCAACACCACCGCGCUAACCCACCGCAUCAAAUGCCUGCAGGCUCAGUUGAGUAACCCCCAGCUCAGUAGCCUACAGGGUAAAAGUAAAAUGCUCCCUCUUAUUGAGGAGGCAUGGAGUCUACCAAUCCCAGCUGAGCUAACCUCCAGGCAGGGAGGCCUGAGCAGUGCACCACAGCAGGCUUGUAAGCCCAAUCACAGUGCAGAAGGUGGGGGCUCGGGUCAGACUCUGCCCCCUCACGUGGGCCCGCUGGGCCAAGCAGAGGACCAGUCCUGCCCCGCCAAGAGGAGGAGAGCCUCCAGCCCUGCCAAGGGCGAUUCAUGGGUCAGUAACCCACCACAGCAGCCAGUUCCCAACUGGUACCUCUCCCCGCAGAAAUUACAGGUGCUGGAACAGAUGCGGAGUAACCGGGCCAGCCUGAAGCCCCAACAGCUUCAGAUGUUGGGGCAGCUGGAGGCUCAGCUCGCCAUGAUGCAGCAGCACCAGCACCAGAUGAGACAGAAUGCCUCAGGAGGUCAGGUGCGCCCCUCUCUCCCCAACGGCCCCACCACAAACUCCCUCCCCUCCCCUAACCCCAGCCUCCACCCCACCCGGCCCCACCUGGGACCCCAGCGGCCCCUGUGCCCGCCUCAGCCACUGGCCAAUGGGCCCGUGGGCCCUGGGACACAUGGACACUUAGACUCCCUCCCUGUGGGUGUUAGUAGUAACAGUAGUAAUAAUCAGCCAGGGCCCAUAGCCACAGGACCCAACGGAGACGUGCCUUACCUGCAACCUGCCGGCAGCGGCGGCGCAGCACUGCUACCUCACACCUGCACAAGCACGCAAACACAGGACGCCACGCCGCACCAGGCCCUGCACCUAAACUCCUCUCAGGGGCUUCAGAAGGGGUGUGUUCCACAUGGCUCCAGUAGUGAGGGGACCCUCUCUCACCCCCAGACGCCCAACUCCAUCGCCCCUGUGCACCCCAACAAUCAGGUUGGACAUUCCACUAACGCCCCAUCGCCACGACAGCAGGCCCACAACCACCUCCCGUCCCCUCCCUCCCUCCCCCACUCCUCUACCUCAGGUGGAGCAGCACCCGGUGCGUCCGCUACCAAAGAUAGCAACACCACAGCCGCCCUCGUCACGGCAGCCGCGUCCCUCGGCAAUGGGGGCUCCGAGGGCAAGACGCCAUCGCCCCAGCCAUCAUCUGAUGGCAAAGUGGCGCAGGCAGAUGGCCUGGCCAAUCACGUACACUCGGGGGAGGGCAAGGUGGCAGAAGGUGGCGAGAAGCCGAGCCUUAGCGCAGACAAUCCUAGACUAUCUGCCCUGCUGGAAGGCGGGAAGUACCCUGUGGGGGGUGAGGGGCCGUCACAGGGGACCUCAUCCGCAGCAUCCACCACGUCCGAGUCCCACAAGAAAAUCAACAACAUCCACCCGGCCGUCCUGCCCUCCACCCCCCACGCGCAGGGCAGCUCGGCCGCCUCCUCGCCCAUCUCCGCCAUAUCCACCGCCACGCCCUCCCCCAAAUCCUCCGAACACACCCAAACAGGCGUCCACAGUCCCGCUAUCGCCGCAACAUCUACCGCACCUGCCGUAAACGGUAACGGCAAAGCGGGUAUCUCCGAGGACUCUCAAAGCCCGCUGAAGGCGGAGCCGCCCGCUGUCACCAGUCUCAAAGCUACACCUCCACACGGACACAGUUCCUCAUCAUCGUCCUCGUCAUCUUCAAUAUCCAUCUACCCCAGCUCCACAGACGUGCUGAAGGCCUGCAGGAACCUGGGGAGGAAUGGUCUCUCCAACAGCAGUAUCCUCCUCGAUAAGUGCCCCCCACCCCGGCUGCCCCCUCCACCCUCACCAGCCCUGCCCAAAGACAAGCUCAACCCCCCCACACCCAGCAUCUAUCUGGAGAACAAGAGGGAUGCUUUCUUCCCCCCACUGCACCAGUUCUGCACAAACCCCUCCAACCCCGUCACUGUCAUCAGAGGACUGGCUGGAGCACUCAAACUGGACUUGGGUCUGUUCUCCACAAAGACGUUGGUAGAGGCCAACCCGGAGCACCUGGUGGAGGUCUGGACUCAGCUCUCUCAGCCCGCUGAUGAGAACUGGGACCCGGCCGGCACCAAGAAAAUGUGGCGCUGUGAAAGCGCCCGCGCCCACGCCACCAUCGCCAAAUACGCGCAGUAUCAGGCUGCUUCCUUCCAGGAAUCCCUACGGGAGGAAAAUGAGAAGAAGGCACUAAAGGAGCCCUCGGACACAGAGCCAGCGUCAGCAGAGAGUGUUGCACGCAAAAGAAGGGGACCCCUAAAGCACAUCAAGUUUGGAACCAACAUUGAUGUGUCUGACGAAAGGAAGUGGAAACAACAACUCCAGGAGCUCAGUAAACUGCCGGCCUUCGCUCGAGUCGUAUCGGCCGGCAACCUGCUCAGCCAUGUGGGCCACACCAUCCUGGGCAUGAACACAGUUCAGCUCUACAUGAAAGUCCCCGGGAGCAGGAUAGCAGGUCACCAGGAACACAAUAACUUCUGUGCAGUCAACGUUAACAUCGGACCGGGAGACUGUGAAUGGUUUGCUGUACCAGAGCCCUACUGGGGAGUGAUGAGCAACUUCUGUGAAAAGAACAACAUCAACUUCCUGAUGGGCUCGUGGUGGCCCAACCUGGAGGACCUGUACGAGGCAGACGUGCCCGUCUAUCGGUUCAUCCAGCGCCCCGGCGACCUGGUGUGGCUCAACACCGGCACCGUCCACUGGGUGCAGGCCAUUGGCUGGUGCAACAACAUCGCCUGGAACGUUGGACCGCUCACCGCCCACCAGUACAAGCUGGCCGUGGAGCGCUACGAGUGGAAUAAGCUCCAGAGUGUCAAGUCCAUGGUUCCCAUGGUGCACCUCUCCUGGAACAUGGCACGCAACAUCAAAGUGUCCGACCACAAGCUGUUUGAGAUGAUUAAGUACUGCUUGCUGCGGACGUUGAAGCAGUGCCAGUGGGUAAAGGAAGCCUUGGCAACAUCAGGCAAGGAAACGGUGCUGAGGCCGAGGACCAGGGACGAGCCGGCCCACUACUGCACCAUCUGUGAGGUGGAGGUGUUCAACCUGCUGUUUGUGCGCCGCGAGCUCCUGUCCAAGAAGCAGUACGUGGUCCACUGUCAGGAUUGUGCCAGGAAAGGCAGCGCCACGCUGGACAACUUUGUGGUGCUGGAACAGCACAGGAUGGAGGACCUGAUGCAGGUCUACGACCAGUUCACAUUAGCCCCUCCUCUUCAUUCAUCUUGACAUUAGGUGUCAAUUCUUUCUUCUUCUGCUGUGGAGCCAUUUACAGGAACUUGUAUUAAGAUUAAAAAAAAAAAAAAAAAAAAAAAGAACAAACAUCUACAUACGCGGACCAUUUCUGAUAUUCAGGAAAGCCAAGGCCGUCUCCCCACCCUCACCACCGCCCCUCCCAUUAUGGCUGGUCUCCAUAGCGACGGCUGGAGGCUGAGGCGGCCGAGUGUGUCUGUCUAUGCAACCUGUUUGAAGUGCUGGGGCCUGGCCCUUCCAGAGGGGUGCGCCACCGAGCUCGCUCACAGGACUUGUUUCUCCCUUCUCCCUUUCCCCCGCCUCCCAGCCCCCUCUAGUGACAAUGGUUCAGCCCUGUUUUAAUGGAGGACUUAAUCAAAAACGGUUGGGAAAGGGGGACGAGGAGGAGUGGGAUUCUUAAUGCGUGAUAAAAAAUGUUUUGUAGAUACUUGUUAACUGUCACAACUGGCAACACCACCCGUAAAAGACUACUGACUUGACAAGCUUUCUCUCUCUCCCUUCUUUUGUUUUCCUAUUCUGGUAACAGGAUAAAAUGUUGGCUUUGAUUUAUAGAAUUUUCCCAAAUGUUCUUCAGUUUUCCUUCUAAGGAGCACUAGCCUAACUGGUCUUUUCUAUGGUAGAUAGUAAUUUUAAGACUCUUUGGACAGCAAAAUCUCCAAAAAAAAUUUGUAAUGUGAAGAGUUAAGGUGAUUUUUCUUUUCUUCAUUUUUUUUUUCUUUUCUUACAGCUUUUGUUUUAUCUUUGUCUUGUUCUUUUCAAAACUGUUUCUUAGGUAAAAAAAGGAAAAAUCUAGGGAAAAAAAAAAAACUUACUAGCCAAGUCACAAAGAGAAUGGGUUGCACAUAGACUUAUGAAAUAAAGUUUAAUUUGUGAUUUUUGUUUUGUUUCUAAUCUUGAUGUAAAUUUACACUAUUUAUAAAUACAUAUUUAUUGCUUGAAAAUAUUUGUUGAUGGAAUGCUGUUAUUUUUUCCAGAGUACCUGCCAUUAAAUUUGAAGGAGUUUUGUCAUUUUAACACAACUCCUUUUACAUUUUCUAUAUAUAAAUAAAAUUGCUUAGCAAGCAUUGUACAGAAACGGACAUUUAAAAUUGUUUUAUUGUUUGAAGAAUGUUUUAUGAUGAGUCAAUAAACACAAAGUUGUCAAAUUA